GAGCGCAGUGCGCCCGGGGAGAGCGGAGACACCGCGCAGCCUCCAGCAGCAGCAGCAGCAGUAAGCAGCCCAGACACGGAGCACCCCAGCGGUAUGGCUGACCCUGUAGUCGGCGGCGAGCCCGAAGACAUCACCACCCCCUUUGCCAGGAAGGGCGCCCUCCGACAGAAGAACGUCCAUGAGGUGAAGGACCACAAGUUCACUGCGCGCUUCUUCAAGCAGCCGACCUUCUGCAGCCACUGCACCGACUUCAUCUGGGGUUUCGGCAAGCAGGGAUUCCAGUGUCAAGUUUGCUGUUUUGUGGUGCACAAACGCUGCCAUGAGUUCGUCACGUUCUCCUGUCCUGGUGCCGACAAGGGACCUGCAUCUGAUGAUCCCAGAAGUAAGCACAAGUUUAAAACCCACACGUAUUCCAGCCCGACGUUCUGCGACCACUGCGGCUCGCUGCUGUACGGCCUCAUUCACCAAGGGAUGAAAUGUGAAACAUGUAUGAUGAAUGUACACAAACGCUGUGUAAUGAACGUUCCCAGCCUCUGCGGGACGGACCACACUGAGCGCCGCGGAAGAAUACACAUCAAGGCUGAGAUCAUCAAGGAGGUGCUGACGGUAGCGGUGGGAGAGGGAAGAAAUCUGGUUCCUAUGGACCCAAAUGGACUCUCUGAUCCAUACGUGAAAUUGAAGCUCAUCCCCGACCCCAAGGGAGAAAGCAAGCAGAAGACCAAAACCAUCAAAUGUUCCCUCAACCCCACAUUUAACGAGAGCUUUGUAUUUAACUUGAAGGAGUCAGACAAGGAUCGCAGGUUAUCAGUGGAGAUAUGGGACUGGGACCUCACCAGCAGAAACGACUUCAUGGGUUCGCUGUCAUUUGGCAUUUCAGAGCUCCAAAAGUCCAGUGUUGAUGGCUGGUUCAAAUUGCUCAGCCAAGAAGAGGGCGAGUAUUUCAAUGUGCCUGUGCCACCCGAGGGAGAAGAAGGAAAUGAGGAGCUCCGGCAGAAGUUUGAGAGAGCCAAAAUUGGUCCCAGCAACAAAGCAGCGGAAGAUAAAGUGUCAAAUCCAGUGGCCAAAAUUGACAGCAAUGGUAACCGAGACAGAGUGAAAGUAUCCGAUUUCAAUUUUCUGAAGGUGCUGGGCAAAGGAAGCUUUGGGAAGGUGAUACUGGCAGAAAGGAAGGGGACCGACGAACUGUAUGCAAUAAAGAUCCUGAAGAAAGAUGUGGUGAUCCAGGACGACGACGUUGAAUGCACAAUGGUGGAGAAGAGGGUGCUGGCCCUCGGCGGGAAGCCUCCGUUCCUCACACAGCUGCACUCGUGCUUCCAGACCAUGGACCGCCUCUAUUUUGUGAUGGAAUAUGUCAAUGGAGGCGACCUCAUGUACCAGAUCCAACAAGUGGGGAGAUUUAAGGAACCACACGCAGUAUUCUAUGCAGCAGAGAUCGCCGUUGGGCUGCUGUUUCUGCACACUAAAGGCAUUGUAUACCGGGACCUGAAGCUGGACAAUGUCAUGCUCGACUCAGAAGGACACAUCAAGAUUGCGGACUUUGGAAUGUGUAAAGAGAAUAUAUGGGAUGGGGUGACGACAAAAACCUUCUGUGGCACUCCGGACUACAUAGCUCCAGAGAUCAUUGCUUACCAACCAUACGGGAAGUCUGUGGACUGGUGGGCCUUUGGUAUCCUGCUCUACGAGAUGCUGGCCGGGCAGGCUCCAUUUGAAGGUGAAGAUGAGGAUGAACUAUUCCAGUCCAUUAUGGAGCACAAUGUAGCGUAUCCCAAAUCUAUGUCCAAGGAAGCUGUGGCUAUAUGCAAAGGGCUUAUGACCAAGCAUCCUGGGAAGCGGCUCGGCUGUGGACCAGAAGGGGAACGAGACAUUAAAGACCACGCUUUCUUCCGAUACAUAGACUGGGAGAAACUGGAAAGAAAAGAGGUGCAACCUCCAUAUAAGCCAAAGGCGUGCGGCCGAAACGCUGAGAACUUCGACCGAUUUUUCACCCGCCAUCCGCCAGUGCUAACGCCGCCCGACCAGGAGGUCAUCAGGAACCUCGACCAGUCAGAAUUUGAAGGAUUUUCCUUUGUUAACUCUGAAUAUGUAAAUGUGGAGGUGAAAGACUAAACGGUUUGAGUUGUCCCCCCAAGUUGCAUACGGGGGGUGGCUGUACAUGUGUAAUCUGUCCCGGGGUGGCAUGCUCGCCCCCAAAUUGUUGAGUAUUCAUAACCAUGCCAUCCUGCAGAGUAUGUCUGACACAGCCUUGCUGUGUACACACAGCCCCGUUGUCCAUUCCUUGUGUACCCCUUAGGAUGUGAAGAAAGAGCCAAUCUCUUUAUGAGUCGCACUUCCAAGACGACGCAAUGGCUAGGUAGACCGUGAGAACUUAUCCCUGGGAGAUGAGGACUAUGUAUUCUCUAUAAGAACAGAUGAAACAAAAAGGUCCGUACUUUGGUGUCGCUCUUGUCAAGCUCCAAAUAUACAGAACGUAAAGGGUUUCAGUCAUAUUGUCCAGGAUUAGAAAAAGAUGGCUGCUUGAAUCCAAAAACGGCACCACACCUGUCCAGAGGUGGUGUCUGGUAUUGCAGCUCCACUCCACUGAAGUGAAUAGUACUGAGCUGAAAUACCAUAGACAACCUGUGGACUGAUGUGGCACUGUUUUUGGAAAUGAUGGCUAACCUUAAAGUUAGAAAGUCUCCUAGAUGUAGGCAUGACUGCAUUAACCAUGUCUUUGCUAGGGAGGUCAAGUAAGAAGCCUCUGUCAGAAGCCUUUGGUCCUGCUUUAUGAUCUUUGUAUCCAGGCCAAGGCAAGUCUUGGGGGUCUCAAGUCCCACUGGCCAGGAUUCAAGCCAAAUCUCGUCAUGAGACAAACUCUGUUUUUGUUUCUUCCCUCAUCCCUUAAGCUCCAUGUUUUCGGAGCUGUGUGCCUGCGUUACGUGGUAUAUUUCCAAAGGGGCCAAAGUCUAUUGAUGACAUAAAAAUUCAGCAGAUGUUCCUGUGUGUGCGAGAGACCCCCAUCAUCAUCAUUUCCGCAUGAGUGAAGAGGAUAAUGCACUAGCACAGCGAAUGCCCCAGGCUCCUCUACAAAUUGGCCAGUCGGCGUGCAGCCUUAGCCAACCAUUAACUCGUUACCCUCUUCACAUUGCUGUCCUGGAGCCCAGGGUCCCGCACUGCCCGCCUGCCGCUCCAGUCUGCACAUCAGUAUUACCUCCUCCGUUUGCAGUUAUAUAAACUCUAGAUAUUUGAGGUUGUGCCUCCUUUGCAAGCAAUAGACAUCCUGAGAGUUGUAGUCAGGAAACUCUUGGGGACCAGUGUCAAACCUCUCUAGAGAGAAGUCAAGUGCGCCACACACAGGUGACGGCCUGGGAAAGCGCUCGGGUCCAAGGCCUCCAGUGUUGUACUUGCCAAAAAAAACUAGAGGAAGGAGAUCGUCGACAGAUCCAAUUUUGAAACCGGUUAAUGUGCAGCGGAAUGAUUUUUUUUGCAAAGUGACUCUGGUGUGAAGUUAAUCAUUAAUGGGGUUGUCCAGGAUUUUUUUUUUUUUUUUUUAAAUCUCACCCCCAGCCAACGGGAUCUGUGAAGAGGAACAUAUCUGCUCCCCGCCGCUCUGUUCUGGUUCCCAGGUUCUCUGCACUGCACUUCUGGUCCCAGUCUGUCAGCAUCCGCAUGGAUGGGGUAAUGUGCUGCAGCAUCCAAUGACUGGCCUCAGCGUUGAUGUGUCCCCAAGUGGCUCAUCACUGCUAGGUUACGUGGGCUUCCCCAUGGUGCUUCAGAAAAGAGAAAUAUAGAUGGAAUAUUUGCUGCCGCACCUCUUGGUGAACACCCACCUAGUAUUUUUCACGGUGGGAAAGAUGUAAAGAGCCCCUUUCGAAUCUCACUGAGCAGUCGACAACUGUUGAAGAGUGAACCCCAGCCAGUGGGACCUGUGAAGAGGAACAUACCUACCUGCUCUCCGCUGCUCUGUUCCAGCUCCUGGGCUCUCUGAACUGCACUUCCGGUCUCUGUCUGUCAACAUCUGCAUGGAUGGGGUCAUAUGUGCAGCUGCAGCCAAGGACUGGCCUCAGCAGUGACGUGUCCCCAAGCGGCACAUUACGGCUAGUCAUGUCACUUAUGUGUCCCUACCUUCUAGAACAGUGUUUUUGCACUUGGGACUGUCUAGAUGUUAAAGGGGUGAUGCGGGAAUUGGAUAUUGAUGGUCUAGCCUCAGGAUAGGUCAUCACUAUGUGAUCAGUGGGGUCCGGCUCCCACCAUUAUCGCCAAUCAUCUAGUUGAAGAGGCCGCUGGGCUCACCUGAGCUCUUGUGAGAACUGCAGCCUCCUUACAGCUUAAAGGGGUUAUCCAAUCCUAUAAAGUGCCCCCCAUACGCCGGGCUCCCGCGCUGCGCCUCUCCUGGUC